AUGGCUGGCAGUAGCAAGAGCGGCUAUGGCAAAGAGUGGAAAGGCCCGAUCCGGGCUUGGAAGGGGUCUGAUUGGGGCAACGAGGCCUUGCUCCUCAGGUUUUGCAAGGCUUGCAAGACGAAAUCGUAUCUCAGAGGAUCGCUAUGCGCGAAUUUGUUGUGCAGCCAGUACUACAUGCACCAACAGCCAUCCUUGGCAAUGUGGAAGAAAGGAGUGAGUGAAGAAUGUUGGUCGCCGCAGUCCUGGCGUCAGAGCGGAUUCAGUGAUGCGGUUUACCAGAGGCACCUCACAGAGGAGUGGGCCCAGAUGGAGGAGGAAGAGCACGAAGAUUCGGACGAGAUGGAAAAAGUUGUCAUCGAAGAGGUGGCCAGCAGUGAGGAAGAGACAGCUGCUUGGAAGAAGCAGCAAGAGGUGCCUGCGGAGGAAGAUGAUGCGGCCCGGGCAGGGUACCAGUGGGCAGUGAAGGAAAAAAAGGCAGCCGAGCUUUUGAGCGCCAGCAUUAAGAUGGAGAAAAGUGCCGAUGUCCCUUUGGAGACAAAAUCCUACUAUGCGAAGUGGGCUUUGCAGGAGGCCCAAGGAAGGGACGAAGCUCAGGAGAAAGCAAAAAUGCUUGGGAAAUCCGCGGAGGAUUUCAAAGAGCUGGCAACUCUGCACCCUUGGCGCGCUGGUGGAAAGGAGCGCCAGCAAGAAAAAAAGAAUGAGAAUGAGAAGAAUGAGAAUGAGAAGAAUGAGAAUGAAAAGAAUGAGAAUGAAAAGAAUGAGAAUGAAAAGAAUGAGAAGCAUGAGCAGCCGGCGGUGGUGGCCACUCAGCAGGAUGCGUUUGAAAGCUGGCAAAGAUCCUACUGGGGGACAGGUGCUUGGGCGCGCGACCACGGCUGGGAGGAAGAGCCCGCGAAGGGUAAAAAAAAUAAGGGACGGAAGCGAAAAGCGUGGUUGGAGGCUCAGAUCGAUUCUUUGAAGGUGAAUGGAAGGUGGGUUGGGCCUGGCCAUCCCAGCGCAGUGGCAAAGGCCAUCCGGCUGGCCAAGGACUGCCUUACGCCUUGGUACAGAUUGCCUGAGAACAUUGCAAAGCCGAAGCGUGUCAACAAGGAGCCUGUUUUGGAGACUGCUGGCGAUGCCUCGGCCUCAGACCAGGCUGCCAAAAGGGAAGAUGGCCAGGAGUACGAAGCGGGCACCAUUGAGGAGAAGAAGUUGAUUCUGGACAAACUGCAAGAAUUCGGAGUGAAGAAUUGCAGCUGGGUCCACAGCCUGGAGUCCCUGACAUCUAACAUUAAGGACGAGACUGAGUCCUUGGUCACCAACUUCUUCACCAGGCAAGGGAUCUUCGAAAUCGAGCAUAUUGACACAGCCGGCCUGUCAGAAAAUGACAAGGAUGAGAUUUUGGAGGAGAUCCUCUCCAAAUCUGAGAAGAACUUUGGCCACUCGAGGCAGGUGCAAGACCACUCAAAGUUCAAGCAGUUGCACAAGUACCUUUUUGUUUACACCAAGGGCAAGAAGAACACUGAGAGCACAAGGACAAGCAGCAGCAUGUCAAGCACUGCUGCGGGCAUGAAGGGCAAGGCAAGCCAAAAGAUGGCUUUGGACUUGCUGGGCCGACCAGAGUUGGCCAGUUCUUCUGCAGCUGAGCAUGGCAUGUCUGCGUCUUUGUCUGAGGCCAAGUCUGAGUCAAAGAGCCUGCAAGCUGCGAGGGUUCGCCUCAGCAAGCUGUUGGAGGACUUAAAUCUCCUGACAGCAGAGAUCGCUGGCCUGAAGGAUAACAGCUGGGGCAAAAAGCUAGGAGAGUUGGAGAACGCUGACCAGCAGUUGUCUGGCUUUUUGUCAGAGGUGAGGAUGCAGCUGGCCGUUCCCUUUCCAACCGACAAGCAGCAGGAGGUGCCAGAUCUGCUUGCCCAGCUGAAGGAAUUGAAUGAGAAGGCAAGCAUGCACGAGAAGGCAGUGAAGCUGAUCUACAAAACAAGCAAGAGUUUGCUCUCCUGA